AGCUCAUUAUAUUCCAAAUUAGCAUAAUAAGUCAAAGCAAACAAGAUUUUAGAGAAUCAACAACCUCUGAAAUCGCGCAUAACUCCAAUAUAAAAGGAAGCUUGUGUAACCCAAGCUAUCUAUAGUAGCAUCAAAGAGACUAUUGCACCAAGACUUCGCUCCACUGCGACGAAAGUGACUCCUACAUCAGAAAAUUCAAGAACGUCCCAGGAUGGAAAAUGAAGACAGAAAAUUGGACACAAACAAACUGGACCUUCAUAUCCAAGUGGUGGAAUCACAGGUAACUGAGGAGGAGGUUAUAGAAGAAAUCGUGGACAGUGGCAAAGUCGAAGAUGCCUUCUAUGUGUGUGAUGUCAGCGAUAUUGUGGAGAAGCACAGGCAUUGGGAGCAUGUGAUGACUAGGAUUCAACCAUACUAUGCUGUGAAAUGUAAUUCUCAUCGAAUAGUCCUCGAAACCUUGGCAGCCCUAGGCACAUGCUUUGAUUGUGCUUCCAAAGGAGAAAUAAGAAGAGUUAUCUCCCUAGGGGUAUCGCCUGAUAGAAUUAUUUAUGCCCAUCCCGCCAAAAAGAUAAAUCACUUGCUAUAUGCAGCCGAAGUGGGAGUUACUACCAUGACAUUUGAUAACGAGUGUGAGAUGUACAAGAUUAAAAAGUAUUACCCAGAGGCAAAAUUAGUUCUACGAAUAAGGUACGACGAUCCAACUGCAACAUUUCACCUAGGUGAAAAGUUUGGAGCCUACCCCGAGGAUGCCAAGCAACUGCUGGCCGUAGCUCGAUACUUAGAUCUGAAUGUCAUUGGAGUGUCUUUCCAUAUCGGUUCGAGCAGAGGACACAAUCCAGACCUAAAUGCAUUCCAUGGAGCCAUCAUAGCUGCAAGAACAGUUUUUGAUGAGGCUGAUGAUCUAGGAUUCCAUUUCACUCUGCUUGACAUCGGAGGAGGAUUCUGCGGUAAUAAGGGUGCUACUUUAUAUGAGGUCGGUGCAGUCAUCAAUGACGUUCUUGAUAGAUACUUCCCAGAGACAAAUAUUGAUGUGAUAGCAGAACCAGGACAGUAUUAUGUGAAUUCAGCAUUCACACUGAUCACGCAAGUUCACACUAAAAAAGUUCUCAAUGGGCAGGAAAUUGCAAGAAUGUAUUUUACGGAUGUUAGUGUUUACAAUUCGAUGAUUGACGUAGUUUUCAAGGUUCCGUUUGACAUGACUCCAGUGAAGAAUCGUAAGCCAAACUCUCGCAAACUGCCUAGCAUUGUUUGGGGGGCAACGUGUUGUAGCAAUGACAAGAUUUCUGGUGAUAUCAUCUACCUUCCAGAAUUGUAUAUUGGUGACUGGUUGAUGAUCCAUGAUAUUGGAGCAUAUUCCAUAUCAAUAUCCAGCGACUUUAAUGGAUUUCCAUUACCAAAUGUGCAUGCGUUCAUCAGGAAGGACGACUGGGUAUACCUGACGGAGAAAAUUGAACAGCCUGUCCCUAAGGAGAAAUUUGUAUUUGGAGACAGCACUGAUAAAUACCUACUAACAGGACUAACUCUGCCCAGUAGAUACACCACGAAUUACUUCUAGGUGCCUACCUGCAUUAGUAUUAAUAUAAAAUGUGAUAAAGUGACUAUCUGAAAACGUUAUACGAUACGGAUAUGUACAAGUAUUACAACUGUUCUGUUAACCAUUUUUAGGAUGCGAAUUAUAUUAUAAAAUAUUUAUUUUUAUUAUAGUGAACUAAUAUGAUUUUAUCAAAUAUAUUUACUUAAAAUAA